AUGAUUAUAAUUGACAUUGAUUAGUCUGGAAAUAUAGAUAAAUCAUCAGCUAAUUUGAGAAUAAAACUGAAGUCUACUAAGAAAUAUAGAGUAUAAGGUGUGGAAGAUGUUUAUAAGUCUAUCUCCUUGUUUUUGGCAAUCAUGGGUAUUAUGGCUGAUUUACUUGUGAUUUAUAUUUUGACUGUCAAGACAAGAUAAGCAUCAAGAGGAUCAUAUCAGCAUCAUAUUGUUUAAGAUCUUGGUCCAGUAGAACUAUUGUACAUAACUUUGGUGGCGAUUGCUGGAUAUGCCCUUAUACAUUUUACAAUAAAUGUAAUCAUAAUGUUUUAAUGCUUCCAAGCCAAUAUUUAUGGACCAAAUGCUCUUAAAAUGACUAAUGCCAUCAUCUGGAACUCUUCGCUAGUUCUAGGAAGUAUUUAUCUGCUAGUUGCAGCACCCUUGUCAAUGUUUUAUUGCUACUAUGUGACUGAUAUUUUAACUAUUCUCACUAUAGUUGGCGUAUUUAUUCUUUUCCUGUUCAAUACUGGAUCAGCAUUUUUCUUCAAUUUAUAUGCUCUUGAACUAAGAAAAUGA